ACUCGCCAUCAAAGGCUUGCUUUGGCUUUUGGAGUACGACUGUUACCCGCACGCAACUCACGCAAGGAUUCUCUAACCAAAAUCUCCCUUCUUCGGAAUCCAAACGACAAAAAAUUCUUGACUCUUGCUUCUUUGUGCUCCAAACUUGAUGCUUGUAAGUCUCGACUUCCAAUAUUUCAGCAAAUAAGCAAAGCAAAGUUGAAAAAAAGAAAAAACAACUCAACCCAAAGUAUUCAAGCAUCUUAUCUUAUACUUUUUGUUUUUCUUUUUUUAGUAUAAUUAACACUGUUCUUUAGCUUCUACUAAUUGAGCUCCCAUCUCUUGAUGCCCGUAAAGUUGGAAAAUAACGAGGUUUAAUUACGGCUCUAAGAGAAGAGAGAGAUGGGUUCUUUGGCUAUUGUUCCUCUUGUUCUUUCAAAGCCAAGAUCUUCUGUUUUUGAACAGAACAACUCUCUCUUCCCUUCUAAACGAAAGUUCAAGAAGAGGAACUUAUCGUUUAGUCCUGUGGCAAGAUUAUUUGGGCCUUCAAUUUUUGAGGCUUCUAAGCUGAAGGUGUUAUUUGUAGGAGUCGAUGAGAAGAAGCAUCCAGGGAAGUUGCCAAGGACUUAUACACUAACACACAGUGAUGUUACUGCUAAGCUCACUUUAGCCAUCUCACAAACAAUAAAUAAUUCUCAGUUGCAGGGAUGGUACAACAAAUUAUACAGAGAUGAAGUGGUAGCAGAGUGGAAGAAAGUAAAAGAAAAAAUGUCUCUUCAUGUUCAUUGUCAUAUAAGUGGAGGCCAUUUUCUAUUAGAUUUAUGUGCUAGGCUCAGAUAUUUCAUCUUUUGCAAAGAACUUCCUGUGGUACUGAAGGCCUUUGUUCAUGGAGAUGGAAAUUUGUUCAACAACUAUCCUGAAUUACAGGAGGCAUUAGUCUGGGUUUAUUUCCAUUCAAACAUUCCAGAAUUCAACAGAGUAGAGUGCUGGGGUCCACUCAAAGAAGCAGCGGCACCUUCUAGCGGGGUUUAUGGGCUCCCACAUGAAAGCAAUCAGCGAGAGACCCCAGCAAGUAAUUGGGACCUGCCUGAGCCAUGCCAAGAAAACUGCGAGUGCUGUUUCCCACCAAUGAGCGCAAUCCCUUGGUCACAAAAGGCACCAGUGGAUACUGAAAAUAGUAAAGGGGCCCAAAACGGCAUUCAGCAAGCAGCACAAGAGUCCUAAACUGUCCUCUGUCCAUCUGUAUCCUUAAUUUCACGUGUAGUACAGCCUAAUUGUUUUAUAGCAUGUAUAUACCAUGUAGACUGUGAAUAGAAUAGGGAUUUCUCUGUCUUUCAAUUGAUCAGCCCUCUCUUGGUUUUUGAUGAUCUGUUGUGCAUCUUAGAUUUCAAACCCGGAUAUUCUUUAUUAUUUUAAAUGUGCUCUGUGAUGAUGAUGAUUGAGGUUGUCAUGA